CCCAUGGUAAGUACUGCAGCUCUUUCAGCAGAGGCUGGCUGUGUUGUGUGAGAAAGGAUUUUUUUUCCUUAUUAAUCAGAAGCCCUGAAUGAAAGCCAAUCAGAGGCAGCGCUUCCCCUUGCCUUUGCUUUCCUGCCUCUUAGAGUUAAAAGUGAUACUGUGACUGUGAGGAAAAGACUGAGUAGGAAUCAAGUCGAAUCAUCUCUGGGAAAAUAAAAGCAGAAUAAUAUAGACUACAAUAGCAGCAAAUGCUCUAAUCUUGUUGCUGAACUGGAGAGCAUCUCUUCGUCACCGGGAAUAUCAAAGGUUUGAGGAAAACCACGACUGAAAUAAAAAUGAAGAACUUAAUGGCUUAAACUAACUGGUCCAAUUUGAAGAUCAGACUCUACAUUUUUAACUGGAUUCAUUUGGAAAUAAUCUGGAGAAUGACUUCCCAUCUUUUUCUUGCAUUUUUAGUGUGGAUUUCUAAACCAAAUCAUUCUCAUAGUGAAAUAUACUUUGAGAGGACAGCUGAUGCACAGUCUAUAGAAAAAUUGCAUCACUUUUCUGUUAAUAAUGGAAAACUAUUAAAUCGGCAAAAACGGGGAUGGAUGUGGAAUCAGUUUUUUUUGUUAGAAGAGUACACAGGACUGGAUUAUCAGUAUGUUGGCAAGCUUCAUUCUGAUCUAGAUAAAGGAGAUGAAAGCCUAAAGUACAUUCUUUCCGGGGAUGGGGCUGGCACACUCUUUGUUAUUGAUGAGAAGACUGGUGACAUACAUGCUACACGAAGAAUUGAUAGAGAAGAAAAAGCCUUUUAUACAUUGCGUGCCCAAGCAGUAAACAGAAGGACAGGGAGGCCGGUGGAACCAGAGUCUGAAUUUGUCAUAAAGAUACAUGACAUAAAUGAUAAUGAACCGACUUUUCUAGAGGAAGUUUAUACUGCAAGCGUCCCUGAAAUGUCUGAUGUUGGUACAUACGUGGUGCAAGUUACUGCUGCAGAUGCAGAUGACCCUUCUUAUGGAAACAGUGCCAAAGUUAUAUACAGCAUACUUCAGGGACAGCCAUACUUUUCUGUGGAGCCUGAAACAGGAAUCAUUCGAACUGCAUUGCCAAACAUGAAUAGGGAGAACAGAGAACACUAUCAAGUUGUUAUACAGGCCAAAGACAUGGGAGGCCAGAUGGGAGGAUUAUCUGGAACGACCACAGUGAACAUCACCCUAUCUGAUGUCAAUGACAAUCCACCCAGAUUUUCACAGAAUUCCUACCAUAUCAGUGUUCCAGAAACUGCUACGGUUGGUUCUACAGUGGGUCGUAUUAAGGCAACAGAUGCAGAUAUUGGCAAAAAUGCUGAAGUAGAAUACAGAAUCCUUGAUGGAGAUGAAACAGCAGUGUUUAAUAUUUUCACAGAGAAAAGUACACAGGAUGGUGUCAUAACUGUGAGAAAGAGAUUGGACUAUGAAAGCAAAAGGUUGUACACUUUGAAAGUGGAAGCUAUGAACACUCACGUAGACCCACAUUUCUAUUAUCUUGGACCUUUUAAAGAUACCUGCACUGUAAAAAUUUCUGUGGAAGAUGUGGAUGAGCCUCCAGUGUUUAGUCGACCAAGUUAUAUGUUUAAAGUCCAUGAGGAUAUUGAAUUGGGAACAAUUAUAGGUACUGUGAUGGCAAGAGAUCCAGAUGCCAUCUCUAGUCCUGUCAGGUUCUCUCUCGAUCGCCACACUGACCUUGACAGAAUUUUUCAUAUAUACUCAGGAAAUGGAUCAAUUUAUACUGCAAAACCUCUGGACCGUGAAAUAUCCCAGUGGCAUAAUCUUACCGUCAUUGCAACGGAAAUUAAUAACCCGAAGCAAGCAACUCGAGCUACUGUUUUCAUACUGAUCUUGGAUAUCAAUGACAAUGCCCCAGAAUUUGCAAUGUUUUAUGACACAUUUGUGUGUGAAAAUGCAAGAGCUGGACAGCUAAUACAAACAAUAAGUGCCGUUGACAAGGAUGAACCCCCUGGAGGUCAAAAAUUUUUCUUCAGUUUAGCAUCAGUUAAUCCAAAUUUCACUGUUCAGGAUAAUGAAGAUAACACUGCACGGAUACUGACAAGAAGAAAUGGAUUUAACAGGCAUGAAAUAAAUACAUACUUACUUCCGGUAGUAAUAUCUGAUAAUGAUUAUCCAAUCCAAAGUAGCACUGGAACAUUGACUAUCAAAGUUUGCACAUGUGACAGCCAAGGAAAUAUGCAGUCCUGUAAUGCUGAGGCCUUGCUCCUUCCUGCUGGACUAAGCACUGGUGCUUUAAUUGCAAUUCUUCUCUGCAUCAUUAUACUGCUCUUGAUAGUAGUGCUGUUUGCAGCGCUGAAAAGACAGCGGAAGAAGGAACCUUUGGUCUUGUCUAAAGAGGAUAUCAGAGACAACAUUGUUAGUUACAAUGAUGAAGGAGGUGGAGAAGAAGACACUCAAGCCUUUGAUAUUGGCACACUUAGAAAUCCUGGUUCCAUUGAUGAUAAGAAACAGAGAAGAGAUAUUAUUCCUGAAAGUCUUCUAUUACCACGGAGAACUGCUGCUGUUCCCGACAAUACAGAUGUUAGAGAUUUUAUUAACCAAAGGCUAAAAGAACAUGAUAGUGAUCCAACUGCACCACCUUAUGAUUCACUAGCAACUUAUGCAUAUGAAGGCAAUGAUUCUAUAGCAGAAUCACUAAGUUCUUUAGAUUCUAGCACUACAGAUGGAGACCAAAACUAUGAUUACCUCAAAGAAUGGGGUCCACGAUUCAACAAACUUGCCGAAAUGUAUGGCAGUGGAGAGAGUGACAAGGAUUCCUAACUAUAAAACGUCUCGUCAACCUUUUCUAGCUCUUGUGAAGGGGAAAUAAAUCUGCAGGCUCCUGGAAAAAUGAAUUAACAUUUUAAAAUAACCUUCUCUGACACUGAGCACAGUGUUAAAAUAAUAAUACAUUAAGAAAAAAAUUCUUUUUACAAUGUUCAUUUCUUCCAUUUGUUUUUAUUCAAUGUAGAUAAUCACCUUAGAGUAUGGCUUAAGUUGAUCACAAACCUUGGAUUUAACUACAUGGAAAUGUUAUUGUCUGUCAAAAGAAGGAUUAUUAAAAAUAAAAUAUAACACGGAAACACAAAAGGAAAAAAAAAAACUUUAAAAGAAACUACUUGCUCAUGCAAACUCAUGCACACAUUGCUUCUGUUGGAUACUUUGGCUGCCUUUCUAUUUGCAGCAUUUUGCAAUAUUUUAAGAAGGAAACGGAAAUGGUGUUAUGAUACAUUAUGUACAUUAAAUUCAAUGAAAUGUACAAGUGAUGUUAGUGUGAUAUGCAGCUGGUGAAGCUACAGUUAUAUGUUAGUAGAAUUCAUUUCAUCUAAUAGUAUCUUGCCAAUGUUUUAUAUUUAUAUUUUUGUAUUUAUUUUUAAGAAAUAAACCUGUUUUUACAACUUG